CGAUAUUUUCGACUUACGCUAUUUUCGGCGUACGAUGUUUUCGACUUACGCUAUUUUCGACUUACGACAUUUUCGACUUACGUAAUUUUCGACUUGCGUUAUUUUCGACUUACUAAGGGGUCGUCGUAACGCAUCUCCGCCGUAAGUCGAGGACUGCCUGUAAUUCGUGGCCGGCGUUGUUGGCCGUGAGCGGUGACCGCUAAAAGCCGCUGCCGCUCUCACAGUGCGUAGAGACUACACGCACAACAACAACACAACAACAACAACACAAACACGGCACAACAUUACACAUCGCUGCUGUCUUUAAAUCCAUCGAUCCGCUCAUCACCGCAUUGCCAAGCAACCGUUAUCGUUUGGGCAGCGAACACACGGGCGACAUUUACCUCAGCGUACAAUUGCAGAUUUUAGCUUUUAUUUUAAUCAACGGUGCACAUUUAUUUUGUGAUGCUGUUGUUGCUAUAAUAUUAAGAGGGUAGCUAUUGCGUAAGUGUGUGUGGUUGACACAUUGGUGAUGGGAGAGGCCAUGUCGAAGCGCUUUAAGUCGGACGCGGACGAGAUGGAGGAGAGGCAUUUCCCGAACCCUUACGCAGAAUAUAACCCUGCACAACCGCCCGAGGAUUUAUUCGACGCUUCGGGGAAGAUCAGCGCGGCGUUCGAGAGACGCCUGACUGCGAAGAUCCAUGACCUGGUGGCACAGAUGGAGGAGGGGCUGAAGACGGCUGACCCCCACGACUACUCGGGCUACACAGGGUGGACGGGUGAGGUGGAUGGUCCGCUCGCUCUCCAGCUCACACUCUGUCCUGCUCACUCGCGUUGCUGGUUACUUGCCCACUCGCUCUUCCGCUGGCUCGCUCUCUCGCUCACCCACACGCUCUCUCACUCGCUCGCUCUCCCGCUCACCCACUCGCACUCCCACUGACUCGCUCUCCCGCUCACUCGCUCUCCCGCUCACUCGCCCACUCGCCCUCUCGCUCACUCUCCCGCACUCAUCUGUGUUUGUGUUGGCGGUGUGUAUUGUAGUGUGAGUCGUCCUGUGUGUGUGUGUGUUUAUCGAAAUUGGUCCCAGGCCUCCCCUAGGUCGACUCAGCCUCAAAUAAGUACCUGGUGCGGUGUUUAAACAUUGUCACCGGGGAGACAAAGGCGGUCGGGCGUGGUGCUGGCCAUCCACCCCCUCGUGUGCCACAGUGCCGGCCUUCACAGGUGCCGCUACUCGCGAACAGCACUUGCCCCCAACGGUCUGAUGAAGGCCACACGGGGGAUCUUUGUCUUUGUGUACGCACGUGUGCAGGCAUCGGCCUUCCUGUACGUGCAGCUGCACCGUGUGCAGGGGGAGCCGGGGCAGCUGCAGCGAGCGCUGGACCACGCCAAGCGCUCGCUGCGCGGCCUCUCUGGCCGCCGCGUCUCCUUCCUGUGCGGCGACGCAGGGCCGCUGGCGCUCGGCGCCGUCGUGCACCACAAGCUCGGCAACGCCGACGACAGCCGGGAGUGCGUGCGCCAGCUCCUGGAGCUGAAGAGCUCGGUGGUGGCGCUGGAGUCAGAUGUCCCGGACGAGGUGCUCUACGGCCGCGCGGGCUUCCUCUUCGCGCUGCUCUACGUGCGCGCCGAGCUCGGGGAAGAGGCCGUCCCCGCCGGGGUCAUCGACGAGGUGCGCUCAGCGCUGGUGGAGUCGGGCAAGGUCCUGGCAGGCAUGGAGCGCAGGGCUGAGCGAUGUCCCCUGCUGUACCAGUGGCACGGCAAGCAGUACGUGGGGGCCGCCCACGGUCUCGCCGGCAUCUACUACAUGCUCAUGCAGCCGGGCGCCGGCAUGAACAAGGAGGCGACGGUGGAGCUGGUGAAGCCCAGCGUGGACUACGUGCGGCGCAAGCGCUUCCGCUCGGGGAACUUCCCCUCGUCGCUCAGCAACGAGUCCGACCGGCUGGUGCACUGGUGCCACGGCGCGCCGGGCGUGGUGCACACGCUCCUGCAGGCGCACCGGGCGUUUGGGGAAGAGAAGUACCUGCGCGACGCGCUCGAGUGCGGCGAGGUGGUGUGGCAGCGCGGCCUCCUGCGCAAGGGCUACGGCCUGUGCCACGGCGUCGCGGGCAACGCCUACGCCUUCCUGGCGCUCUACCGCGCCACGGGCGAGCACGGGCACCUGUACCGCGCGUGCCGGUUUGCGGAGUGGUGCUUGGAUUAUGGGAAGCACGGAUGCCGAAUUCCAGAUCGACCCUUCUCACUAUUUGAAGGUAUGGCUGGGACCAUUCACUUCCUCGUGGAUAUGCUGAGACCGGACACUUCCCGCUUCCCCGCGUUCGAGUUGUAACCCGCGAGCGAGGACGACCGCGGGGGUCGCAUGGUUCACGAUUGUAAUCGACAGAGUGGCGAGAUGUUAACUCCCUCGCCUGUUAUGCAGGAGGUCGUGGGUUCGUACCCGACCCUGACGAUGCCUGUACCAUUUCGGAGUGUGAAUGUUCUCCCCGUGGUCGUGUGGAUCUUUGCUCCGGGUCCUCUGUUUUUUUUCCAACCCCACCACAUUUCGAAUCGACGUCACGCGUUAAAGAGUGUUUGGGCUGCUCUAAAUGUCCACGUGAUGAUGAUGAUGAUGAGCCCACUUCGUUGAGCUAUCAUUUGCGAUAGCCAGGUCGCUUCUGGAAAAAGCUUCAUCGCUCAGCGGGGCCUUACCUGGUCAAAUUAGUUGGUGUCAGUAAUUGACGAGGCUCGAUAUCGCGCGCGUGCAUGCCGCAGCGAGAGUCACGGGGAGGAGGGCGUGUUUGGUGGAUCGCGAAGAUGCCUGCGUCGUAGGUGGUAGUACAGCAAGCAGGCUGCCGACAUAUCUCCACACAUUUGAGAGCGUUCACCACCUCUGUACGCGAGUUUCGUACGGCUGCUCCUGUGCCAAUUUUUUUUUUAUUUUGAAAGGGAAUUGAACCUUAUGGCGGAACCCCGGGGUCCCAAAUAUACGGAAGUCAAAAUCGAAAUUUAUUUAUUUUGGACGACUCCGUCCCACCGCGCACAUAAACGUCGCGACACACCUGGCACGGAUCAUUCUGUUGUCGUGUCGUCCCAAGCGCAGCGAGGACGAAUGCACAAAAGAAACAAAACUUUGAAACUUUUAUUAGCGCAUCGUGUAGAGCUCAUCGAGAGGAAUAGAUUGCCGUAUAGUUCGCCUUCAACAGACACAAAACGUGUUGCAACGCAAUUUUAUGCGAAGCGGGGGCUUAUGGGACCCCCCGGGGUUCCGCCAUAAGGAUCAAUUGGCCAAACCUAAAAAUGUGUAAAUAAGUACACGGCCAAACAAAAAAAAUGCGUCAGUGUUAAAAGUAUUGAAAUAGAAACGAGCACUGAGUGCGGCAUGCAGAGAGGUCGGCCUAAUAAACGUGCGCUCCCAAACACUGCCAAGUUUAAACGUGGCAAGGGGAACUGGCAUGGUACCCCCCCGGCUUAAAUUGAAGGGCAGAGGGGGAGGUUGUGUAGAUUCUCUCUUUUGCUUUUUGGUGAAUUGCUGCAAUUCAUGGGUCACAAUUUCAUUCGUGGUUUAUUUUGUUUUUACUUUCUACGAUGUGGUCAAUAUCGCAGCCUCAAGUGGCUGGAGGAGUCACGUGAGCUGGGGUUUGCUGCCAUUGACGACGCACACGAAAUAAGAUCCGACGAAUAUAGCAUCGGUUGUUUUCCAAAAAUAUCCAUUAGUUGCUUUAAUUUAAAAAAAUGUUGACGGGGCGCCACGUUGACGAGAUGUUAGUUAUCUCUCCUGGUAUGCAGGAGGGCGUGUUCGAUCCUGACUUGGAGACCUGUUGUAUAUUUGGAGUUUGCAUGUCUCCCCGUUGUUGCGAGGAUUUUUCUCUGGGGCCUGUUUUUUCCCCUCCAGUUAGAAUCUGUGCGUUUAGAGAAUUUGGCUGCUAUAAAUUUCCACAAGCCACUUCGUUGAGCUAUCAUUUGUGGCCAGGUUGCUUCUAAAAAGAGCGGGCCUUACCUGGUAAAACAGUUUAGUUUUAGUUUAUUUUCUGACAAUUUGUGAAUAUAGCAAUUCAAGAUUUUUAUUAGUCCUUACUUGGUAAAAAGUUGACCGAGUUUUAUUUCCUUUGUUGUAGUCAAUUAGGUUGUCGUGUAAAAUGUCUUGUAAAAAAGAAUUGUAAACUUACAAUAAGCAGACAACUGAACAUUCCUCAACAGUGGCCAUCAAAGUAAAUAUUAGGUAACGUUUCAGGCAAUGGCCUUCACAGCACAGAGGCCAGAGAAUAGUGGCUUCUGUGAGGAGCCAUUGUCCGAAACAUCACCUGCUUUAUUUUUCCUUUUAAAAGGCAUUUGUUGACCGUUAAGUAUAUUGUUAUUUGUGCACCACGGCUAACGCAGUCGCCAAAUAAUUUGGUGAUCUUGAGACAGACUGUAAGUGCUAAGCACAAAAGCAGAACAUUUAAAAGUGGCAAAUGUAUUUUCAAAGUCUGGGAAAAGUGAUCUCGCGAUAAUUUCCGUGUCGUGAACAUUGCCAUCGUAUCGUGAAAGCAACACGGCAACCUAAACACGUGAACCCAUGACAUCCAACAUGUAUGAAUCGCCAAAACAUUGCUUCCAACAAUUCUAUGCAUGUAUUCCACACCAGAAGAAAUGAUAUCUUUGAGCCACUCCAAAGUUGCGACCUGGUCCUUAACGGUCAUGAAAGCUGACAAUGCGAGUGCAAAGUUAACCAGGUGUACAUUGUGUAUCUGCGUCUCUAUCAUCCAAGGCUGUAUAUUGUUUCUGCAUGAGAAUAUAGUGCGAUUUUAUUUUCUAAAACAUGACUUUGGUUGUUUGCAUUUUGUAAAAGAAAAUGCCUUAAAAAUCUCAUUGAAAAUG